UGCAUUCGCUCAAACGAUAAAUCGCCCAGAUCAGAGGCAAAGAUAGCCCUGCGUGGCUGAAUCUAAUGAAUUUGAAAUAAUUUGAGAGUUACCUUACCCAAUUUUGUCUAUGGUUGUUUCAGGUUGUGAAAGAGGAUAUACAGGUCCGAUUUUAUGAUCCAUACAGCAAGUGGGAAGUCUUUGCGGAACUUCACCCUUCUCAAGUACAUAAGCAAUACGCAAUUUGGUUUAUGACGCCAAGAUAUAAAUUCGUACACCUCCCAAGGCCAGUUCAGGUUUUCAUUCAACUUCGAAGACCGUCAGAUGGCGUCACGAGCGAGUCCUUGCCGUUCGAAAUGUGGCCGUCUCACCUUCUAGAUUCGAACAGACGGUGGGCCAUCAGAAAAAAUAUAACCGGAGAAGAUGAAUUGGAACAUAAUCCGAAGAGACAGAAAUUGGAAAAUUUGAGGAGUAUGCAGGAAUCUGAUAUUUCAGCUCAUCAAUAUAGUGGCCCUCUCAAUCCAUACCAGUCGAACCACAAUAUCCCGCUCAAUAUCACGGAACAACCGCAGGCUAAGAAUUUAUUGGAUUCGCCGUCCCCAUUGAAUCCUGAAAAAGAUCCCAUGAACCUGGACAGCGAUGAAAUAAAGAUGUUAGCGAGCAAUGUGGACCCACAAUGUCCGUUGCCGGAGCUUCAACUGUCUUCAAGGAUUUCCGACGAUGACGAUAUGAAGGACUCAUUGACUAAGCUGACUAACCUGUCUUUGAACCAGUUCGACUGAGAAGUUUCAGAGCGAGAAACCGGUUAAAUAUCUGGAAAUGAAGAUCAAUUGAGGACUUCUCACCAAGUCAAAUUUGACCCUUGGACUCUCAAAUCGAAAAACUAGUUAUUCUUCUGAGAAAAUAGCUUGAAUAUACCUUAUCAGAUAAUGAUUUCUUUUAGAGCAGAUCUAUUUUUUCAUGCUGGCUACUCUGUGUGCCUAUGUGUCAUAAUUGUCAGUUGUCAUAUUUAGACAAUGUUUCUAAUGUGCAUUUUUACUGUUUGACUGUAGUUUUGAUAAUGUUGUUCAUAUCAAUAUGGAUUUUUUGGAUUCAUCUAUUUUUCCAGAGUCGAUUGCUCUAUGUAUUUGUAUUAGAGUCAGUUGUAAUAUGUGUCAUGUGUUCCAACGUGCAGCCAACUCAUAAAAAGAAAAAGUGUUCCUAGCAGUGACGCAAUGAUAAAUAUGGAUUGGCCGUUGAAAAGAGAACAUUGACUUCGGCAACUAAAAUAAGAUGGCCAAAACUUGUAUUAUCCACAGGGGGAAUAUAAGAAAAAGUGACGUCACGCCCAGUAAAUAUUAUCAUGUAUAUGGUUCCUAAUGAAAUCUUUAUCUGAUGUGGUCUGGUGAUAAAACUAUUAUUAGGUAAGUAUUUCUGUGAUAGUCUUGCAUCUAAGAUGAUUAAGACAAUAUUUUUUAUUUCCCUGAUUUUAUUUUGCAAAACUUUCCACUUAAUUUAUCCUAUUUAGAAUAUUUAUUAUUAUUAAUGAGUACUGUUUAAGUGUAUUUCAUUUGUGAAGAUCAAGCCUGUUUACCUGAUUUUAACAAUAAAUAUGUAGUUGAGAA